AUGGCGGCGGCGUCGGAAGAGCGGAUGACUGAGGAGGGAGGCGGCAGCCACGGUGACGGCGGCUCUUGUUCUGCCGCUGGCUCUGCCCAGCGACAGCCUCCCCCGCCCCCUGCCCAGCCCCCGCAGCCGGGGUCCCAGGCGCCCCCGGCGCCGGCGCUGGUUCCGGACCAGCUGCCUCAGAACAACACGCUGGUGGCGCUGCCCAUCGUAGCCAUCGAGAACAUCCUCAGUUUUAUGUCCUACGACGAAAUUAGCCAGCUGCGUCUGGUUUGUAAAAGAAUGGACUUGGUUUGCCAGAGAAUGUUGAAUCAGGGGUUUCUGAAAGUGGAGAGGUACCAUAACCUGUGUCAGAAGCAAGUGAAAGCACAGCUCCCAAGGAGAGAAUCAGAAAGGAGAAACCAUUCUUUAGCUCGUCAUGCAGACAUCCUUGCAGCUGUGGAAACAAGGCUGUCACUGUUAAACAUGACUUUUAUGAAGUAUGUGGAUUCCAAUCUCUGUUGCUUCAUCCCAGGAAAGGUGAUUGAUGAGAUUUACCGUGUGUUGAGAUAUGUCAAUUCUACCAGAGCCCCACAGCGUGCUCAUGAAGUCCUCCAGGAGUUAAGGGAUAUCUCCUCCAUGGCCAUGGAGUACUUUGAUGAAAAGAUCGUUCCAAUUCUGAAGAGGAAACUGCCAGGAUCGGACGUGUCUGGAAGGCUCAUGGGCUCUCCUCCAGUGCCAGGCCCGUCCGCAGCCCUAACGACAAUGCAGCUCUUCUCGAAGCAGAACCCUUCGAGACAAGAGGUCACCAAACUCCAGCAGCAGGUUAAGACCAAUGGUGCUGGCGUGACUGUUCUCAGGCGGGAAAUUUCUGAGCUUCGCACCAAAGUGCAGGAACAGCAGAAACAGCUUCAAGACCAAGACCAGAAACUGCUAGAGCAGACCCAGAUCAUAGGGGAACAGAAUGCGCGGUUGGCAGAGCUGGAGCGCAAACUGCGGGAAGUCAUGGAGAGUGCUGUGGGAAGCUCCUCCGGGGCCGGGCAGAGUGAGGAGUCUCCUCGGAAACGGAGGAAGGCCACAGAAGCCAUGGACUCGCUUAGAAAAUCAAAGCGGCUUCGGAAUCGAAAGUAGACGGGAGCGUGGGCCUUGCUCCAGAGGAGAGCAGGGCCGGAGCCUGAGCAGUUUUGCCUGUCAGGACCCUGGAAACAACACUGUCCCUUGGGCUUCUAGGCUUCCAGAACACGACCUGGAGGUGGGAUGUUCUCUCCCUGCUUCUCCUUGUGGAGCUGACGCACAGAAUCUCUUUACUUUGCAAUAGAUUUGUACUAACCAGACCUGUUCUAUCAUGUUUUGGGGAAUUGACUUUUUUCUGUGCAGAUAAUGUUUAAUUUUGUUUCUGCAUAUAUGCACAUUACCUAGGAUCUUAAGCAAACCAGUCUUGACAGACUAGAAGUUGUUUCAUAAAGAAAAUGUCCUGUUCACUUGAAAGAAAAAAACCCUACUUUUUAAAUGGACACUAUCUUGUUUUAAAACAAAAGUUGACUUUUUGUUAUAAGUGACCUUUGUCUGGAAUGUCUGAAAAGUAGUUAAUGCUUUUGGUAUCAAAGUAAUGGGUAACUGAAAGGACUUGCAUAGUAUUGACUGUAGAAGGAGCCUCUACAGUACUGACUAUAUAUUUUUAUAAACUACUGGCAAGGGACGGAUCCAGUUAGUAUCCACGUUUUCAGUUCUCUCUGGGCCAUGUCCUACAUUCGCAUGGAUGGAUGCAUGCACUGCCCAGUCAACCCCCUUAAAAGCUCUUGCACUGGCAUUGACCUUGAACCUCUGUACUUCACUUCUUAGCAUCUUGUUGAUUUAAGCGCUUUGCAUCUUCUUCCACUGCAGCUGCUUGCCUCCAGGGGAGAAUUGUUAGUCCAUUUGUCCUCCAGUUUUCUAGAACAAGAGACUAUUAAAGCCUGUUGCUUAUCUGUGCUCUGUAGGGUUCAGGUACACUGGCUGAGGCAGAACCCCAGGUCCAAGGCUCCUUCUAUUAAGACCAGGCCUCUGGGAGCUAGUGCUGGUCCUGACUCCUCACUGUGUUUGUGGGUCCAAUGUGGUGACUGAGUUUGGGGCCCAACUUGUGGAUUUAGUUUUGCCACUGAAGGAAAAAUUUACUGAAGAAAAUAGUGCCAUGAAAAAGCAAUUUGAUCACUUCAUUUCUGGGAGCUGACCUGAGGGAAGCUUUCUAAUAUUAACUUCAGGCUUCCCUUGCCCUAAUUUUAAACAGAGCUUUAAUUCUGUUUGCACUCCUGUUUUGAGCUUGUAACUGGAAAAGCAUGUCUUGCACUGUUCACCCUUCUGAGUGGUCACUUUAACAGCCUCCAAAUUGUGUACAGUGGUUCUCUUCCCAAGCUGUAUACUUUUGAGACAUUCAGUUAUCACUGUCCUAGUUUUAUUUUAAAUGUACUAAAUUAUGUAGUUAUUUGACUGUUAAGUUCUUUUAAACUGCUGCCAUGGGCUUCAGUUAUUUAAAGUAAAUGUAGGUGUAAUAUAGAAAACUGUCCCUUUCCAGGUGGGAGUUUUGACACCUGUAUAAAAUCUAAGGUUUGGGUAAGUACCUUAGUUGAACAAAAGCACAAGGUUAUCAUUUCCUGUAUCUGUCCAGCAUGACAAGGUUAUUCAUACCUUAGGUAAAGUUACCAAGUGGAACUUUUUCCUGUCCAUUUUUAGUGUUGUCCUUUCAUAAUUUUGUCCUCAGAUUUUGAUCAAUUCUAUGUCUUAACUUUUAAACCCCAUUUACAAUGUAGUGUGUUUUCAAUGAAAAACCAUAAAGUAACAUUCAGGUGUUUCAUGCUAUGUUGGGAAGGUGAUUUUAAAAUAAACAGUUUCCUAAAAACAUUUGUCAGCCAAGGUGAUCCAUAAAAGUCCCUGUCUGGAAUGCAUUUUCUCAGCAGGUCUCACUUUUGUAGUCAUAGGAUUUAGCCAUAUUAUCAGAACUUUGCAGAACGCCUACUGGCAUACUCACAGCCUUUAAUAGUUGUUUUUCUGCUAACAGGAAGACUUUGAAGUAGCCAAGUGCAGCUUUACAAAGUAUGAAUCUUAUGCAUUAAAGGGGUAGAGCCUCAGAUUAUUUCUGCAGUAGUUGUUAAUGAAUUGUUAAAAGUUUCCUGAAUUUCUUUUUAAACUCCGUCUGAUUAGCCUAAAUGUAUCUGUAGUCUUGCAUUGGUUAACAUGAGUGUGUGGCGUUCAUAAUGAGCAUCCACGGUAUUGGAAGGUAAAUUUUCUGUUCCUCAAACCAAAUUUCUGCAGCAUACACUCACAGUCUCGAGUGGCACUUGUCAGUGCGUGAAUAUCCACACGCAGGGAAACCAAACACUACAGUUGAAUUGAAGGUUCAGACUAGCUAAAGCACUGUAUGUUCUCUCCUUCACCGUCAUUGAGCCAGCUGUUGGGUAGCUGUCACGCUUGCUCUGGGGUAUCUUGUAGGUACUGAGUUCUGCAGAUCUCACAUCAUUUUCACCAGCUCAGAUUGAUAACGUUCCAUUGAAAUUGUAAAUCAGCUUCCUAGGAGAGCACCCUCCUGCCCUGAAUUUUCUCUCGGUCAUCUAAAUGCUGCAUGUUGUUAAUAGCACAUUUCAUAAAGUAUUUCCAUCACCUUCACUGCUUCUCAGAGAUGUCUGUGUUACUGGGUCAUGCCCACCUAAGUUUACUGUGGUACACACUGAUACGUGUAUAGAUGUGGAAAGACAUGUGCAGAAAGUGGAGAGGACGGCCCCGCACCCAUCCCACACACACACACACACACACACACGAGUCCCACACGUCUUAAGACCACAGAGCCUGUUGUGUUCAAACUUGUCUUCUGCCGUAUGGACCCUGGAAAUGGGGCAAGCGCAGAUGUGUUCAGAGAGGUCCUCCUGUCCCGAAGCCUGUUGGGGUGCCAUCAGCUCUAAAGCCACUGCUGUUGGAAGCAACUUUUUUGUGAAACAUGUUUUUUGGAGUACUGAACUUUACAGGGGCUUGCCUUAAUCUCUACUUAGUAGUUUCAAGAUGUAUACGCAUUAUUCUCCAUGUUAGAAUAUUCUGUGUAGCCCCUAAUGUGGGUAAAACAGUGUAAGUAAUGCCUAAAUAAGCUAAAAGGUGUCACUGCAGCUGGAUUUUGACAGAAAACAUAAUAGGCUAUGCUUCAUAAAAAUAAUGGCACCUUAGGAUUGCACUAUUUUGUUCAUUAUUUUAUAUGCCAUUUCAUAGCCUGCACUUUAAUCUCCAAAGAAACUAUGUAUGAUGUCCCAGUUGUUUCUUAUUAUUAAUAAACUUGUUCCUAGCAGGGCACUUAGUUCUAUUUUAUUAUGCUGAACUGGUUUCCUGGAAAGUGGAUUCCUUUCCUGAGUUCCCUUAUUUCCGUAGCUGUGAUAUUUUCUAGGACUUGGGAACCCCUUUCAUCUGUUUCCAGCAGUAUAUGAUUUGAUGUAGUGUAAUGUAAACCUCAUCCUCGGUGAUCAGCACAUGCUUAGAUCCUCUUCUGUAGUGAGCACCAGUUUGUUCUGAAAUUGAUGCUGUGCGUGAGAUUCGAAGGCAGGAGGGGACAGAAGGCAUCUUGAGACGUCCUGCGGCAGCAGUUACUGGGAAAAGGCUGGUUCUGUAGGAAAACCAGCUCUUUGGCUGGGGGUCUGUCUGAAUUUCUUUACCUGGUACACAGAAGGCUAAUGGCCUGCCAUCUGCAGUAAAUUACUUUCCAAAGUCCUGAGCCUGCAGAAGGAGACUUAGUACUGGGUUGGCCAGUGCCUGCUGUGCUCUCACUUGGAGUAACAGUAGUUAUAUUGGUGUCAGGCCUCUUGCAACUUUCCAAGAAUCUUGGUUCAAUUUCUGAAAUUCAGAAGUUACGUCCAAAGUUUUCCUGUUGUGUCUGAAGGAAACCAUGAGGUUUGGAAUCUUAGCAGUAACCUCUGUAUCAGAUAUGUUGCCAAAGCCUGGCGGACCAUACCUAAACCACCAAAAGUUGAGACGUGUCUAGCAUUCCUUGCUGUGCUGCCGUUUGUUUACCUGUGCUUAUGAGCAACAAUAAAACACUAGUUUACCUUCUGGAAUUUAAUUGUUUUGACUGAUCGAUUGGAAAAUGAAAAGCACCUCCCAGUUACACAACAGGGUACAUAAAUAAAUGUGUUGUCACCAGU